UUACCUGGCAUCUCUGCUUUGGACUUUGAGUUUGCGUUUAUUUAUUGUUUUUGAAGUUCUGCGGUCCAUGCUUGUUUGUUAUGUUUAGAUUUCCAAUUUUUAGUGCCUAUUUUAUCUAACAAUUGUUAGUCACGUUUAACAAAUAUGGGCAAAAAGAAAGCUAAUCAACUGGGACGAUCCUUAAUUAAGGACCGAUUCGGUCAUGGUAAUCGAAAAACUGUUGAUAAUAAUAGCAUGCUUCACACAACCGAAGUUCAAGAUGGGUAUGAUUGGGGUCGAUUGAAUCUGCAGUCGGUUACCGAAGAAUCAUCAUUUCAAGAGUUUCUAAGAACAGCGGAGUUGGCUGGAACUGAAUUUCAAGCAGAAAAAUUGAACAUCAGUUACGUGAAUCCGAAAUCUAAGGUUGGAUUACUGACCAGCAAUGAACGGGUUGAAAUCGAGCGUAAACAGACUGAUAAAAAAAAUCUUCUAAAGAUUCCACGUAGACCCAAGUGGAACAAGGAAACAACAUCAGAAGAGUUACAAUCGAUGGAGAACGAGAAUUUUCUUGAAUGGCGAAGAGGGCUGGCAUCUUUACAGGAAGAGGAAGAUUUACUAAUGACUCCGUAUGAAAAAAAUUUAGAUUUCUGGCGCCAGCUGUGGCGAGUUGUGGAACGAUCUGAUAUCGUAGUUCAAAUUGUUGAUGCAAGAAAUCCCUUAUUGUUUCGAAGCGAAGAUUUAGAGAAAUACGUGAAGGAAGUAGAUGACAAAAAAUUGAACAUGAUUUUGAUAAAUAAAUCCGACUUCCUUAACGGAGAACAGAGAAAAAGAUGGGCGAAUUACUUCGAUGAGCAGGAGAUAAGAGUUGCUUUCUUCUCCGCCGCACAAUCGGUCGAUGAAGCUAAGCGAAAGCGUGAAGCGGAAGCAGAGAAUGCAAACACGGAAUACGCAAUACCACUGGAAAGGAAACUAAAAGAAUUGGAUUUAAAGGUCGAUCAUGUUGAAGAGACGUUAGAGCAUUUGGAGAAAAAAAUUGAAGAACUGGUCGAUGAUGAUGGUAAGUCGUUUACUAAAAUACGAAACAAUCCGGAAGUGCUGUCCAACACCGAGCUGAUUGCCUUGUUCAAGCGUCUUCAUAAGUCGGAACGUGUCACUUCCGGUGUGGUAACCGUUGGCUUAGUAGGUUACCCGAAUGUCGGAAAAAGUAGUACAAUAAAUGCUGUAUUCAUCGAGAAAAAAGUUUCUGUCUCAGCUACUCCCGGCAAAACGAAGCAUUUUCAAACACUGUUCGUAGAUAAUGAGUUGCUGUUCUGCGAUUGUCCUGGUCUUGUCAUGCCCAGUUUCUGCACAACCAAGGCGGACAUGAUCCUGAAUGGAAUAUUACCAAUCGAUCAGAUGCGAGACCACAUUCCGCCGGUUAAUCUACUUUGUACAUUAAUUCCACGGCAUGUUCUAGAAGAUACGUAUGGCAUUAUGAUAGUCAAGCCGCUUGAAGGUGAGGACCCUAAUAGGGCACCUUACUCGGAGGAACUAUUGCUGGCUUUUGCCUACAAUAGGGGGUACAUGACAGCCAACGGUCAACCUGACCAAUCACGAGGCUCGCGUUAUGUGCUGAAGGAUUUUGUGAAUGGCAAAUUGCUGUACUGCAAUGCUCCACCCGAUGUCGAUCAAAACGAGUUUCACAAAUUUCCGGAGCGUCUUAGAGAAGAAGUAGACGUGAAAUUGUUACCACCUCGACAGCAACGAGCAAUGAAGAUGGGCACUACCACCACCGGCAAAGAUAUCGACGAUCAGUUUUUCCAGGCACGUAGUUAUACCGGAUUUGUGAAAGGGCGUAACGACUUUCCGAAUGUACGACCGAUGGGUGUAAAUUCUCAGGAUGCUGGUGUUUUGAUAGCUGGCAAACCGUGGAAGCACCAGAAACGAGAAAAACGAGAAAAGCUUCGGCGCAAAUAUGCUUACCUUGAUCAGCACUGAACACUGGAAUGGUGUUAUUCUAAUAUGAAGUGAGCUCUGUAACUGUUUUGUAGCUUUAUUCAAUAUACAAAAGGAUUACACAUCUUUAUAUUAAA